GUCUUUCUUUUAUGUUUUUUUUUUUGUCAUGAAUGACGUCUCGUCCGAGCCCGCCCCUUACAUACUUUCAAUUCCUUGCUAGUUUAGCUGCUAACUCCCGCAGCUGGCUGUUAAGCCGUUAGCCGCUUAGCGCCACACAUCAAAACAAUUUAGCUUGUGACGCUAUGAAAGCGUCGCUGUCCGUUGCGAAAUAAAUGUGCGCCACCCUUUCCCUUGCCCUUUCGUGUUGAUGACAACCAGCACCCCCUUUCAGCCUUCAUAGUGUUCCGAGGCGUAGGUUUAUGCCUACUUUUCCACGUUUUUGUGUCCCAACUUUCAGCCACUGAAUCUGACAGGACUCAUCAGAGCAGUGAUGGACACCAAGGCGGUUUUUGUGGCCCUGUACAACGUGUGCGAGGAGAAUGCCGCCUACUUCUCGGGAAGAGCCAAAGGGCCGCAGAACGACACGGCCCGGCGGCUGGUGGACACGAUGAAGCUGAUCCAGGAGCACGCCCGCAGCCUCGAACCCGUCAUCUCGGGCUUUGCCGCAGUCUACCACCAUUUUGACUUCGACCCGCACAUACCGGCCAAUGGCUAUCGCUCUCUCGUCAAGGUGGUGCGUUGCUGCCUCCUUCACAUCAUCCACAAGGGCCGCUACAUCACCGCCAACCGCCGCAGCAUCUUCUUCCGUAUGGCCCACAACGCCGGCGAGAUGGAGGCCUACUGCAACGCCCUGUGCCAGCUGCGGGCGCUGCUCUACCUGGCCCAGCGCAUGCUGCACGACAACGGCCACGGCAACCUUUUCUUCCACGACGAGAGCGGCCUCAGCGAGAGCUUCGUGCGCGAAUACAGCUCCAUGCACAAGGGCUGCUUCUACGGCCGCUGCUUGGGCUUUCAGUUCUGUCCCGGUAUCCGGCCGUCCCUGCAGACCAUCGCCAUCGGCCUUGUGGCCUUUGGAGAAAACUACAGGCCCCAUCAGUCUGGAAUAGGUGUAGCGGCUAGCUCCUUCUUUACGUCGGGCAAGUACGCCAUCGACCCCGAGUUGAGAGGGGCUGAAUUUGAGCGCAUCACUCAGAACCUCGACGUCCAUUUCUGGAAGACGUUCUGGAACGUCACAGAGACCGAAGUGCUCUCGAGUCUGGCCAGUAUGACAUCCGUCCCGGUCAAGGUGAACCGAACGCUCUCUGUGCCUCCCGUGCCCUUCGACCUCCCGCUGGCAGCCAAUCACCAAGCCUCGGUGACCAUACCGCCGCCGUCGGCUCACAUCGGCACCGCUCCGGUUCAGAUGAGACUCAUCUCGUACGACCUACGGGAAGGACAGGACAGCGAGACACUGCUGUCGCUCACCCGCUCCGAUGUGGGGGCCAAAUCCCUCUCGCUGGGGCUGAAGACCAAGCGGCUGCCCUCAUCCCCCUGCUUGCUCAUCCACUUCCAUGGCGGAGGCUUUGUGGCUCAGACCUCCAAAUCCCACGAGCCUUAUCUGAAGAGCUGGUCCCAGGACCUGGGCGUCCCCAUUCUGUCAGUGGACUACUCCCUGGCCCCCGAGGCCCCUUUUCCACGGGCCCUGGAGGAGUGCUUCUAUGCGUACUGCUGGGCUUUGAGGAACCACCACCUGCUAGGCUGGACCGGGGAGAAAGUCUGCCUGGCAGGCGACAGUGCUGGGGGCAACCUGUGCGUGACCACGUCCAUGCGCGCCGCCGCCUACGGCGUACGCAUGCCGGACGGCCUCUUGGCCACCUACCCGGCCACUCUGCUCACUGCCUACGCCUCGCCGUCCCGUCUGCUCACCCUCAUCGACCCCAUGCUGCCGCUCAGCGUGCUCUCCAGAUGUCUCAGCGCCUACGCAGGUAGCGAGCCGCAGACGGACAAGCAGGUGGAGAAGGUGAGCACACUCGGCAUGGUGAGGAAGGACACGGCGCUGCUGCUCCGAGACUUCCGGCAGGGCGCGUCCAACUGGAUCCAUUCUCUGCUGGACUCCAACAGAGCCGACAACCCGCCCAGCACGCAACCGGAAGACACUGACGCGGUGAGGACGAGCGUGUCCGAGGCGUCCAUCUCUUCUCCUCAUGUGGACCCGCCGAGGCCUUCGGAGCCCACGGAAUUCCUCGCCGGCAAGUUACCUGUGAAGAGCCAGACGUGCCAGGACCUCGGAGCUGAUAAUUCCACCUCCCAUUGUGCUCCGCUUGUGUCUGAGCGCGCUCCUGAAGAAGUCCACUUCUCCUUCUCCAUCUCCACCGACACUCCUUCGGAGUGGCACUGCGACUUGUCUUUGUUGGCCAUACCGCCCCCUGGUGGCGAGGAGGGCUCAGAGUUCCCGCAAGGCUUUGAGCCGCUGCGCUCGGAGCAGCUGUCCGAGAUGAAGCUGCACAGUUCGCCGGUGGUCAAGGACCCCUUCUGUUCGCCCCUUUUGGCCCCCGACAGCAUGCUGAAGGCUCUGCCACCCGUGCACAUUGUGGCGUGCGCUCUGGACCCCAUGCUGGACGACUCGGUGAUGUUCGCCAAGCGCCUGCGGGCCGUCGGCAAGCCCGUCACCCUGUGCAUAGUGGACGACCUCCCCCACGGCUUCCUCAGCCUGUCGCAGCUCUCCCGAGAGACCAGGGAGGCGGCCAACGUGUGCGCCGAGCGGAUCCGUGCCGUCUUCACGCAGGAGGAGACGCCGCCGCCUGAGCCGCGCAAGCACCGCAAACUGGAACGGACCGACAGGGGCAGCGCCACCGCCGCCCUGCUUGUCCGGGGUGAGCUGGAUGCGGGGCUCGGGACUAAAAUGGCUGAAGCAGACGGUUUUGUUACUAUCACCCAAAAUGGCGUCGAGGGUGUCGGCGCUUAGGAGAGACACAAUUAGGCAAGGUGAUACUUAGACCACAAAGAGGAAGUAACCCUCCCUCUGCUUUGAAAACCGGACGGCGGUCCUGUAUGAAUGCCGUCUCGCAUCCAUUAUACGAUGCUUCACGCUUUUUAAGGAAAUAUAAUGUAGCAAACCGAUCUAUUUGACAUAGAUCAGGCACCUGGACACUCCAGAUGAUUUCUGGAGUGAAAAUCCUGUUACGGGCUUAUCAGAUAAGACGCUCCUCCGUUGUAUCACUCCAAUCUGAACGGCCCCCGUUGUCCCGUCGGAGACUCUCCACAGCGCACCUAAUAGUGCCACAUUGUGCUCUCCGUUACGCCAGCAAUACGGCUGACUCUAUUGACGCUUACUCUGUUGACUCAAAUCCAAUUAUACAAAAAAAGACCCCCAAACAAACAAAAAGAAAACAGACCCGAAAGAAGGGCCGCAUUUCUUUCCUCAAUCAUUUUGCUGCUGUUUUUCAUCCAUUCCUAUUAUGUCUUCAUCCAUAUCCAUAUCUACACUGUAAUGGACGAGGUCCGUUUACCAGACUUCUUUGUGUAGCGUUAAAUUGUAUUUCUGUGCCGUUGAUUCUACCAUGUGAACGCGCUCGCUACUUGUUAAGGAACAGCCGCUUCGUAACAAUAUGGACUGAGAUCGUGAGGAGGAGGAGGAGGUGAAGUUAUUGUGCAGUACAGUAACGGGACCGAGCCUGCGACUAAUUGAGAUAAAACAUGUUUGGAAUUGCCUGCACUAUAUGCCACAAGAUGGUGGCAACGCACGGCAUGACGCUCCUCAGCUUCACACAACAUAGUUCCUUGCCACCAAGAUCCCACAAGAAGUCGCCAAAAUCAAUACCCUUCUGUUCGACAAGACUUUGGUCUGAGCACAGAAACAGCAAACGGGUGUUCUUCCACAAAUAACGGACCACUGGUUCCAAAAGCAGAGCAGCAAAUUGGGUGAGUUCACCAGUAGCCAUCUCUAUUACCGUGGAUCCUCGAAAAGGGGGAGUUCAACCCAUCCUCCAAUCAUCUUGAGAUCAAAUUUCACCAGACGUUGGCCUAAUAAACAGAGAAAAGAACUUUUUUUUUUUUUAUUGGCUUGACGUAUAGAAAAGUAUCCAUGAUGAUCGACAUUGUACAGUCGGCUAGGAACCGGGCUUGACUGUAAAUGGUGAAAAGCAACAAAAAAUUCACACUCUGUCCUUGCGAUUUAUUGCAGUCGAAUGGUGCUGGAAUGAUGCUGUUUCUUCAGUGCUGCUGCGCCACAGACCGCGUUCGUACUUGCCCUGCAGGUUUCAAAUGCAGUACAGAUGCAAAUACACUAGUUAGCAAGCAAAAAUUCACAGCCCCCCUAACACUCCCAGCACACGCAUACUCCCCUAUAUUGAUGGCAGCAAAUGAGUUUUGGUUAGAUGUGAACCUCCCUCAUCUAACUCAAAAGUUUUGACUUUUUAGUUUAAAAUGGCUUCCCGUGACUAUAAUCCCACGUCGCCGAGUGGCAAACCAGGUAGAAUCCUGGUCGGAUUUCGCCUUUGUAAAGAGUAAAUCCUUGUUGUAGCGCAUGCUCCAUGCUAGCCGCCGUUGCCAUGACUAGUUCGUCUUUGUCUUCUAGUUGUUCCUCUGCUUCUAUUUCUUGUAUUUUCUUUUGGUAGUUGGCAAAUACGUUUGGUGCUUCUUUAGCAUUUAAAGAAAGCCACCUGUUGCAGUGCAUGACAGAAAAUCUACUUUUUCCUCUUCCAUUUCUUUUUCUCUUGGCAGUUGGCAAAUAUUUUGGGUGCAUUACCGCCAGUGUCAAGAAGGUGGCAGUAAUGCACUCAAAAGUCAACACAGUUUGCGAAUAAGGAUUUUGGGUGCCCGUCCAACUUCCAAGCAUCAUUUUAAAAAUAUCCUAAUCACAUCUGAAUAUAAAUCGCAGGACCAGCCAAACUAUGAAAAAAUGUGUGACCUAUAGUCUGAAAAAUAUGGUAAUAAACCAUGAUCAUAAAUGUCUUGCCUACGUACAAGGCCUUUACACUUAGUUACACUUAAUCUGUUUGUUAUCUCAGGCGUGUGCACAGGACCGAAUUAUGAAUCACUCCAUUGCUCUCUGUAUUAGCGGGCAAGGCGCUCGUUGCCCUUCAAUGUCACUUCCGAAAGUGAUUUCAGCCAAAUUAGCGCCGCCCUUCUGUUGAUGAAUUAUUCCGUGAAAUCUUCGUCCACCAACGCAGUAUUUACUCCAGAGUUCUGUGUUUUGAUUUGGGCUGGCACAUACAAUGUAUUGUUGCUUUAAAAAUGUUCGGCUUUAGUUCCCCUUUUAAGGCUUUGAGGAGCAUUUAGUAUUUUCACCCGAUGUGCAAAUAUCCUCCCCUCCGAGGGGGAUUUUCAGCAGCAAAAUCGGACAGAUGGAUUAGCGCCACAUUUUGCUGUCAGGCGGUUGAGUAGAAAGACGGACGGCUGAGCUCAUCCUCUGCGCCGCGUCUGGCUCGACUUUGCUCUGUGCACUUUUGCUGUAGUUUGUAUGUGUGUGUGUCAAUGUUUUCAUUUUUUUGGGGGAGGGGGUUUGUUUAUUCGUCUUCGCCUGAUGCCUGGAACGCGGCAUCAAUUUCAAGCGAUCACGAGGUUGAACUCGCACUUUAAUCAUCUGCUGCUCAAACCGUGUGGAGGUUCCAAACGUGUUUAAGCCAGCCACUCUUACGCAGAGAUCCCGAGAGAGCUGGCCCUGUAAACCCGGAAUUUAGCCACAUUCAAAUAAAUGAUUAGAUGGCGCCAACGCCGCAGCCUGGUGUGAUGUAUGAAUCAAUUGAUUUGUAAUGUCUUUCAAUACAACAGAGUAGGAGAAGUGAAUGUUUGACUUUUAAAUUUCACACAGAACCCAAUAAAGGCGGGGUAUUGGCGCAAUUGUUUGUGCUUUUACAAGGGGACGUGAUCGCAAUCAGAUCAUGAAGCCAGCAGCAACAAUUGCUUUCAACACAACAGAGCGGGACAAGUCUGCGUGUGUCUGGUUAGCCAAUUAGGAAAUUGUUGCAUUGUCAGUUGUGACAGAAAUUGCAUAGGCAUAAUUUGAACAGUCAUUGGAUGCAGUUGAUUAUCCUCCACUCGAGUUUUGUCAUUGAACACUCCUUUUUACACACUUAAGGUUUUUAUUUUUUAUUUUUAAUGGAUUCAUUCCUGUAGAAAUAUGCUGGAACAUGACUAUGAUGUCAAUGUUAUGCUGCUGCUCCACAGACGGGCUCAAACUGUCAUCAUGUUUCAGCCUUCACGUUGACAUGCUGGCUCACUCACUUUUUACUUUUUUUUUUUUUUUUUUUUGCAAAACUUGCAGUCGACAACUUUGAUUAGGGAUCAGCAAACUUGAGUCCGAGUUUGAGACGGGCACAUUUCAAAAAGAUUUACCGAAGUGACCCAAGCUAUCAUGACCUUCUUGGCACACGCGUCCUUGAAAAAUAAUUGGGGUUGGAGUUUUUGACUGGAAGAGGGAACACUUUGCCGUUUCUUCUGCCAGCAUGUGUUAGGAUUUCAAAUCUGCAGGAUUCAUGAGUUGGAAGUAAUGGCACAGCCUUGCCCCAAAAUUAAGUCAUUUCAGAUCACUGCCAUUCUUGCUUGGUCGCAGGAUUACAAGACAGCUCAUAUUUUGUAUUGGUAGGUCUUUUGCGUCUCAAUCAAGCUUAACAUUCAGAACCAAAGAGGCAGGUGACGAUGCUGAGACUGUUUAUACUGUUCAUCUGUUCUCCAGCCAAUGCAGCUGCUAGUUGACUUGAUUUACUUGUAAUUGCAUCAUGCUGUCAAAAUGCUAAUCAGAUGUAGUUAAACAAGCCAUGGACUGGAAACAACGCUGUGCAUAUCCUUUAGGAAAACACCACAAGUGCAAACCUGUGAAUAUGAAAGGAAAGAAGUCGAAUGUAUUUUUGUCCUUGUAAUGAUCCGUGUGGAUAUUUUUAUCGAAAGAGCUGUUCGUCAAAUGUGAUUCUUUUGCAGGGAUCAUCCACAAAUGGAGCGUUUGUUGAUUUUUAUCCAAAAUAAAUCUAUCCAACCAUGAA